GGUGCGCGGGGGCGCGGGUUGCGUGUGGCGCGGGGCGGGGCGCGGCUGGUGCGCCUCAGGAGCGAUGGCGGCGGCCUGAACUCACCUAGCACGGCUGCGGCGUUCGGGCCUGGUCAGGGUCGGGAUUCUAUUUGCAGGUCUGGAUUGGGCCGUGACCUCUGGGCUCGCUAUUCCAGCCUGGUGUAUCUUCUGGAUCCAUGGCCAGCUACUGGCUCCUGCAGACCGGAUGAAGCAGACUAGAGACACAAGUGGAGAAAGCUGCCAGCUGGCAAAUUCUCAGAGUGUGGCCCUCUGGCUACUGGCCCUGCCCAGCCUGCCUCAUGGAGAGGAUGAACUGGUUGAGCAGAUUGGCCUCCCGGGGCCCUGGGCACCGUGUACCUCAGGGGUCCAGUCUGCAGGCCCCUGUCAUGGCUGACCCUGAGACCUGCCUCAUGGUCUUCAAGAAUCACUGGUCCCAGGUAGUGCGAAUCCUGGAGCGGCAAGGCCCUCGGGCAGCUUCUGGGGGUGCAGAUGAUCUCAGUGCUGUACGCAACCACACUUACCAGAUGUUGACACUGCUGGUAGAAGAUCGUGUGGUCCCCUCAGCCCCCACGACCCCUGGGCCCUUGCUGGAGUUCGCUUUGCGUGAGGACCUGCUAACCCGUGUGUUGGUUUGGCAGCUUCAAUGGGAUGAGCUUGGGGAUGGGGUUGAGGAACGGCGGGCUGAGCAACUGAAGCUGUUUGAGAUGCUAGUGAGUGAAGCUCGCCAGCCACUGUUGCGACAUGGUCCAGUUCGUGAGGCUCUGCUGACCUUGCUGGAUGCCUGUGGCCGUCCUGUGCCCAGUAGCCCAGCACUGGAUGAAGGCCUGGUGCUACUUCUCAGCCAGCUGUGUGUGUGUCUGGCCCGGGAACCUUCAUUGCUCGAGUUCUUCCUGCAGCCACCUCCUGAGCCUGGAGCUGCCCCCCGCCUUCUCCUCUUUUCUCGCCUUGUUCCCUUCGUCCAUCGGGAGGGCACGCUGGGCCAGCAGGCCCGUGAUGCCCUACUCCUGCUCAUGGCUCUGUCGGCCGGGAGUCCCACUGUGGGCCGCUACAUUGCAGAUCACUCUUACUUCUGCCCGGUGCUGGCCACAGGGCUGAGUGCCCUGUACUCCUCACUGCCCCGCAAGAUUGAGGUUCCAGGGGAUGAUUGGCACUGCCUGCGACGGGAGGAUUGGCUGGGAGUGCCAGCCCUUGCGCUCUUCAUGAGUUCCCUAGAAUUCUGCAAUGCAGUCAUUCAGGUGGCUCACCCUUUGGUGCAGAAGCAGCUAGUUGAUUAUAUCCAUAAUGGGUUCUUGGUGCCUGUCAUGGGCCCUGCCCUGCAUAAGACCUCUGUGGAGGAGAUGAUCGCCAGUACCGCCUAUCUGGAGCUUUUCCUACGGAGUAUCUCAGAGCCUGCUUUGCUCCGUACCUUCCUGCGAUUCCUGCUGUUACACCGGCAUGACACCCACACCAUCCUUGACACCCUCGUUGCCCGUAUUGGCAGCAACUCCCGGCUCUGCAUGGUCUCUCUGAGUCUCUUCAGGACCCUACUGAACCUCAGCUGUGAGGAUGUCCUGCUGCAGCUGGUUCUCAGGUAUCUUGUCCCGUGUAACCAUGUGAUGCUGAGCCAGAAGCCAGCUGUACGUGAUGUGGACCUAUAUGGACGAGCUGCAGACAAGUUUCUCUCCCUUAUCCCACGCUGUUGUCGGCAUCGUGCCCCUAGCCCACCCCGUCCAGAGCAUGCCUCAUGGGCACGAGGUGGGCCUAGCAGAGAGGCAGGGAGAAGGGAGGACACAACGGGCCCUGGAAGCCCAAGUGUUGACUCCUCUUCUGUGGUGACAGUGCCCCGGCCCUCCACACCAUCUCGUCUGGCCCUCUUCCUGCGACAGCAGAGUCUGGGUGGCUCGGAAUCCCCAGCUCCAGCCCCUCGCUCACCAGGGCUUGCUGCAUCCCCAGCCUCCAGCCCUGGCCGACGGCCCAGCCCUGUGGAGGAGCCUGGUGAGCUGGAAGACAAUUACCUGGAGUAUCUGCGUGAGGCGCGCCGUGGUGUGGACCGGUGUGUCCGAGCCUGCCGUACCUGGUCUGCCCCCUAUGAUGGCGAGCGGCCCCCUCCUGAGCCUAGUCCUGUUGGCUCCCGGACUAAGAAACGCAGCCUACUGCCUGAGGAGGACAGGGACAAUGUGGGGGAAGGGGAGGAGGAAGAGCUGGGGAGUGGAGGGCUUUCUGGGGGUACGGGGGAGGGCCCUGGCCACCUGCCCCCUCCCCAGCUCAAUGGGGUGCCAGGACCAUGGCCUGAGGGGGCCAAGAAGGUUCGUCGGGUGCCUCAGGAGGGGGCUGGGGAACUGCCAGAGAGCACCUCCGAGGGCAUGGCAGGACUAGAGGGCUUUGGGCAGGAGCUCCGGGAACUGGAGGUGGCAUUGAGCAAUGGGGGGGCUGGCUCAGAACCCCUGCUAGAGCCUCCACUACCUCUUGAGGAGGAGGAGGCCUAUGAGAGCUUCACCUGUCCCCCUGAGCCCCCCGGCCCCUUCCUCAGCAGCCCUUUGCGGACGUUCAACCAGCUGCCAAGCCAGCCCUUCACUGGCCCCUUCAUGGCUGUGCUCUUUGCCAAACUCGAGAACAUGCUGCAGAACUCCGUCUAUGUCAACUUCCUGCUGACGGGGCUGGUGGCCCAGCUGGCCUGUCACCCCCAGCCCCUGCUCCGCUCUUUCCUGCUCAACACCAACAUGGUCUUCCAGCCCAGUGUCAAGUCCCUGCUGCAGGUGCUGGGUUCUGUGAAGAAUAAAAUUGAGAGCUUUGCGGCCUCCCAGGAGGACUUCCCAGCACUGCUAUCCAAAGCCAAGAAGUACCUCAUUGCCCGUGGCAAGUUGGACUGGGCCGAGGGCCCUGCAGCAGGACCUACCCCCCGCCGCUCCGAUCCCCUAGUGAAGAGCCGGAGGCCAUCCUUGGGGGAGUUGCUCCUGCGGCAUGCACACAGUCCAACCAGGGCCCGGCAGGCGGCACAGUUGGUUCUUCAGCCUGGGAGAGACGGCGCAGGACUUGGCCUAGGUGGGGGCUCCCCUGGGGCUUCAACUCCGGUUCUACCCCCUCGGGGUGGGGCCCCUGAGCGCCAAGAGAUCUCAACCUGGUGUUUGCUGGAGAAGAAGAGUGUUUUUUCCUCAGAGAAGAACCACUCUGGAGAGCCUUUCUAGUAGCUACUCUCUGACUCUGCCUCUUAUCUGUCUAAAGAGUCUUCUCUUGAGUCCCUUUUGAGAGUCUUCUGCAUGCCUAGGAAGACCACUUCUGUAUGGGGAGCAUCCUUUCCUAUGCUGGCCCAGCAUGUAGAGCUGUCCCAUAAAGUCGGUCAUCGUCUGAGCUGGCUGAGGUAUGCAUAUGAGGCACAGGGAAUGGUCCUACAUGAUGUUACUGGCCUCAGGGUAGGUUAGAGCUAAGGGUAUAUAUGGGUGCUCGGUCUUUAAACAAAGGUUUGGCUCUGGGCAUGGGACUGCGCUCCAGGAGAGGAAUUAAUAUCAAAUAUCCCAUGUUAGAAGCUAUGCCAAACACUCUGAAUCUGUUAUGUUGGUUAAUCCUUUUAGUAACCUCUUGAAGUAGGUACUAUUAUUUCCUCAUUUUACAAGUGAAUUAAAAGGCUCAGAGAGGUUAAGUAAAUUAGUGCAAGGGAUACACUGAGUUAAUGGAGGAUCUGGGAUUCAAGCCUAAGUCAGCCUGAUUCCAGCUUUUAAGUUAAAAUUUAAAUGGUAGUCCCUUUUUGGUAAAGGGAGAAACUGCUGUGUUCCUUCUGCUCUCGAGUGUGUGGUGGGAGGGCGUCUGCUCAGUGGAUGUUCAAAGUGGUGUAGUGAAAAGGAAGUGGGCAAGGUGAGAGAAAUGCUUCAGAGACCAAACCAGAAACCCCAGGCUCCUUGUCAGGACAAGCACAACCAGAUCUCUUCCUCUAGUGCCCUCUUAGCCCUAUGCCAGGAGGAUUAUCUGGUAUAGCAUAGUUGGCACCUCUGUUCCCUCCAGAAGGGAAUCCUGAGUGAGGUAGACAGCAGUGGGGAGAGAGACAUACACUAGGACAAGGCACACAGAUGUGGGGCAAUAUAGACAGUGCAGGGAGGCAGAGAUGCAGAGGUCCAGAGACAGGAGUUACUGAUAAACACGGGUAUCCAGAUCCUGAUGGGGUUCCAGAAUGAGAAGGGGGUGGAGGGUAGGGAUAGGGAUGAUGGGCUGUUGGUGAAAUGUGAUGAGAAUCUCAGAUUCUCAUCAGGGGGGCUCAGAGGGGAAAUUGGGUACAGAUGAACUCUCAGCCAGAAACCCAUAUCUUCUGUUUUGCUGAUGAUCAUGAUUCUUUAGGCUCCCUGCAUUCCACUUUCCUACCCUGACAUUAAGUGAGACUGUAUUUCCCUUUGGCUCAGAGUCUGAGACUGAAAGUUACUGAAGGAAAAUAGAUGACAACUGAGAGCUGGAUGGAGUUGAUGAGCCUCAGGACUGGGCUGUUUGGGCCAUAGCCUGCUCAUGGGGUUGCCUCCAGUGUGGCACAUUCGGGGGUUUCCCUGGACACAGAUCAUCUGCAACGUAUCUGAGUGGCGACUGGACCGGACAGCAUGAGAAGAGAGGGGCUGGUUAUUUAGGGAACAUAAGGUUCUCUGCAAGAGGCUUCAGGGCAGUAUAGAAUCGUGUUGAUAGCGAAGACUUCCAAGGGAUAAAGAGCCCUAACUUCUCUCAGGCUAUAGGGAUAAGUGUACAAGUCCCAAAUCCCUUAUUUGAAACCUCCAGGGACAGAUGUGUUUUGGACUUCAGAAUUUUUCAGAUUUUAGAAAGGGAUAUAGUGCCUUUAUUGUAUAUAAAGGAGUACUCCACUGAGGUUUAGGACAGUGCCCUAUAAUCAAACACAUCAAUAUUUCUGCAGCUAAAUGUAUGAAUAUUCACACCAAGUGAAAUACAUAAAUACUAUAAAUACCAUCGUGAUGUUUCAGGUCAGGUUUUUGGCCAAAGUUAUGAAAAAAACAUUGUUUUUUCAAAGAUUUUUUUAUUUUGGAAUUGUGGAUAAGGGAUUAUGCGCUUAGAAUUACUCUCAGGUUUUGUGAGGAGUAGGGGAUUGCUGGUAGUCUUCUGAACACAUCACAUGGUAGGUAUGUGUGUGCUCUCCAUCCAGACAAAAUACUAAUGUCCAAGGGUGUGGAUUUUUGGCUUGAAGAAAGUUCUUGCAAUGAACAAUGCACAACCUUGGACUCAGCUGCUCUGGGGAGCUGUGCACAACCAGGGAAUGAAGGUGCCUUAGACAAGAGGUUUCCUGUGGUGGGAAGGUGACAGAAUUCAUUGCUUGUGAACAUUGGCUGCAUAGGAUUUCCCUUUUUCAUGUACCAGAGGGGAGAGGCAAAAAAUGUGUGCGUGUGUAUGUGUGACACAAGACUGUCACACGUACGUUUCUUUAUAAUAAUGUUGUAAUAAAUAUCUUACUGCAUA